AUGUCAGAAACCUCAAAGAAAACCAACUGGACUUCACUAUGGUUCAGCAAUUAUAUUCAAUUUUUCGGCGGCGUUCAAAUGUCCAUAUUUUUCACCUCAAUGUGGCCCUAUUUACUCAAACUCGACCCAAAAGCCCAACUCUCAUUUUUCGGCGUCGUUUUGGCGAGUUUCAGUGUGGGACAAGCGAUUGGCGCGCCGAUUUUUGGAUGGUGGUCGCAGAAAUCGGAAAAAUUCCGGCCGCCAAUUACAGCCGGACUAUUGAUGUGCUUGAUUGGUAAUUUGAUUUAUGGCUUUUUGCCGAAUAUUAAAUUUAUGGAACCACAGUAUGCUAUGUUGAUGACUAGAAUUGUUAUUGGAUUUGGGUGUGGAAAUUUGGCCGCGUUGAGGUAAGAGUUUAAAAAUAAUUUUUUUUUCUUAUCAGAAAUGUUUGAUCUUGGUUCAUUGAAUUGGGCAUCAUGUGUAUUUUUGGAAUGACACAGAAGUCUAGAAAAGUUCUGAAACCAGAAUAUCAAUGAUAAUCUUGUCCAUGAGCAGCUUUGGGGGUCAAAAAGACACUCUAAAAACUUUCAAUCUCCCAAUGGACCUUUGAGCCAAAAAUUGUCAAAAUUGGCUCAGGAUUUUUGAGAAAACCGAUUUGCCCAAUAAGCAUCGAUAGAAUUGAAUUUUCAGAAAAAAAAUUGAUUUUUGAAAAAAGUAUGUAUUUUUAGCCGAAAAAUAAAAAAUUUACAAAAUUUUUCUAAAAAAAAGUUUUCUAUUUAUAUACUUUUAGUAACUCGACUAUGCCGAAACUUCGACUAUCUGAAACUCCAUUUUUCCUUUAAAAAAAUAAUUUUGAAAAUGAGAGCUCAGAACUUGGCUCAGAGGUCCAUUGGGAGACUAAAAUUUUUAGGGUUUUGAGUUCUUUUGAGUCAAAAAGCUGUGCAUGGAUAAAAUUUUAUCAAGUUUUCAAAAUUUUCCAACACAAUCUACCAACUUCGGAAAAAAAAUCAAAGCUUCCAGAGCCUACGUCGCCGCCUGUUCCACCUCAGAAGAUCGCAACAAAGCCGUCUCCUAUUCCUUCGGAAGUCUAGUCUUCGGAAUGUUGAUCGGACCAGCUCUUCAAUCCGCCUUCGCAUUCAUCGGAAAUGGGACCACACUAUUUUCAUGCAUCGUUCUAGACUGCUACACAUCUCCCGCGUUCUUCCUAUUCUUCAUGAUAAUUCUAACGAUAAUUCUAGUCUUCUAUUUAUUCGAUGACGAGAAUUUCGUGGGAGUUAUGACAAGUUCAGGAAACUCGGGUGAGGAAAACAACAUCGAGCUUCCCAACUUCGACAAACUUCCCGCAUUUUUAUGCAUUUUCCUAUGGUUUUUGAUGCAAAUCGUGGUUGUUGACAUGGAAUCGUAAGUUUUUUUUUCGGUUUGCAAGAUUUUCUUUGAUAAAUUCCAGACUUUGCACGGUGUUUACAAUUGCCAUGUACAAUUGGACUUCAAAAGAGGCUAUUAUUUAUAACGGGUAUAUUGAGACGUUGGCUUGUGGAGUUAUCGUUGUUCAGUAUUUUUUGAUUGGAUCGACGAGGAUUGGAAAAAUGUGAGUUCUGGAAUAUGCUUCCAAUUUUCACAAUCCUAAAAUUCCACGUGGCAAAACUUCCAGCGACAAGCGAAUAACAAUCAGUAUCGGUCUAUUCUUCUUCGCCGUUUUCUACUUGGCUCUUUUACCCUGGCCAUUUUACACGGGAAAAUUGAGCUACAAUCCAAAUGGUGAGCUUGAACUGUUUUGACUAGAAGGAUCUGAAUCUUCUGUAAAUCUUCCAAAGAUCAAUUUCAGUAACCGACGGAGCGUGCACAUAUUCCUGGUGUCAAUUUGUGCCAAGAGUUCCACUAGCCGUCUAUUUAUUUGUCUAUAUUAUUUGUUGCGGAAUCGCAUUUCCCUACGUGGGAAGUUCCAUCGGAACUCUAUUCACACAAAUUCUUGGACCCAGACAGCAGGUAAAUCGGCUCAAGUAAACCUCACCCAAUUUCAUUGUCUCCAGGGUAUGAUGCAAGGUGUCUACGCGUUUUUCGGCAGCGUCGGUCGUUGUCUAACCCCUCUAAUUUGCACAUUUCUGUUCAAUAUUUCCGGAUACACGUGGAUUAGUGUUAUGGUUUUGUGUAUCAUUCUGAUAGCUGGAUUGGGAACUAUUUUAUUGUGGAAACGAAUUGUGCCGAUGAGAAUUAUUGAGAAAAAUGGGAGUGAAUUUGGAUAUGAUAAUGACAUUGAGAUUGAGAUUGAUGAUAAGGAAAAGGAGGAGACCACUAAAUUCUGA